AUGGAGAUUCAGAUGCUGCCACUCUUAUAUCUGUUAGUAAAGCUGGAAGUUGUGGUGACAUCUCCGUCGCUGAUUGCUGAUCUGUCGCUGGCUUACUUCCAAUCGAGGGAUGUGCGGCAUCUUAGUUAUUUAUCUUGUAAUACGUAUGCAGUUACUGCACAUUAUGUUGUAGAAACUAAGAACAUAGUUGGCAAUUUUAUUGACCAAGGAAUAAGAACUUCGGUGAUUAUGAUUGACGAGGAAACUAAGCGUCUAGAGCCAGCAAUAACACAAUCAAAUAUUCCUCUAGGAAUUUAUCUGGACGCAUCUUGUACGAAAGCAAAAUCAUUACUCACUAAGGCUUCAAGAAAUAAUUUAUUCGACGCCCUUCAUAUUUGGCUAAUUAUAAACUACGCAGAAAAUAAAACCAAUGAAAGAGAAUUGGACGCUAUACAUUUCUUUCUCCAACUUAAUCUAAGCGUUAACACUGAUAUUGUUCUUGCAGAUUUUCGAGGGGACUAUUAUGAAUUAAUUGAUAUAUUUAAUUACGGCAAAAUUCAAGGAAAUGGUCUAGAGUUGCAACAUUAUGGAACAUGGAGUAAAAAAUAUGGAAUAAAUACUUUUUCAAACAAUUACAAAUACAAAGAUCGCUGGAAUUUCCACAACCUAACAUUAAGAGCGGUGUCAGUGAUUUUGGAGCGUCCCAAAGUGUUCAGACCGGCGAUGUUGACGGAGCUGGGCUAUACGCCCGGCGUUUCCGCAAUGACCAAGGUGGUCGCGCAGCUGUUGCAUGUGCUCAUACAGCAACAUAACUUCAGAUUCAACUACACCAUAGUCGGACGCUGGAUUGGCUCACCGGAGAGAAAUUCUACUUUGGCAGUCACUAAUUCCUUGUUCUGGGGCGAACAAGACAUAUCUUGUACGUGUGCGAGGAUAUUUCCCAAGUGGCUUAAUUGGGUCGAUGUAUUCUUCCCUGCUACAACUACCCUUGAGACAAAAUUCUACUACCUAAUACCGGAUAAGGGUGUGGGGGACUACGAAAACCGUUUCCUAACUCCGAUGUCACCGGGUGUUUGGUGGUGCUCUUGCGCAGCUGGCGCCCUUUGCGUAGCUGUGCUGGCCGCCGCCGCGUGUCUUGAGACAAGACCAGAGCCCCAUGUGUACGCUUUCUUUAGUGUUUUCGCUACCACGUGCCAACAAGAGUAUGAAGACGGAGUUCAAAUCUUACAGGAAAGUUUUUCUAGUCAAGGGCGACGCCUCAUACUUCUUGUAGUUGGUCUGACAAGCAUGCUACUCUACAACUACUACACUAGCAGCGUGGUCUCGUGGCUACUCAACGCCGCCGCACCCACUCUACACGACCUGGACACAUUGAUGAACAGUGACUUAGAACUUAUAUUUGAAGACAUUGGAUACACACGAGGAUGGCUCGAUAAUCCUGGCUUUUUUUACUACAGCGGUUAUAAAAACCCAAAAGAAGACGAACUAAGAAACAAAAAGGUAAUAAAUGCGAAACGGACAGUACCUUUACUGCAGCCCGUCAACACCGGAAUAGAACUAGUGCGGACUGGUGCCUAUGCUUACCACACGGAGCCGUACACAGCUUACCAAGUGAUAUCGAAAACGUUCGACGAUACAGAGCUGUGCAAGCUGGGCUCGCUGCAGAUGAUGCAGCCCGCGCAGGUCUACAUCAUGGCGCAGAAACGAAGCCCGUAUAAAGAGUUUUUUGUUUGGAGUUUAAUGCGUCUGCAAGAGCGCGGGCACGUGCGUGCGGCGCAGGGCCGGGUAAGCGGUCCCACGCCGGCCUGCUCGGGCAGCACGCCGCGCGCCCUUGCGCUUGGACAGGCUGCGCCCGCCUUCGCUGUACUUGCUGAGGCCACUUUGCUCAGCGUCCUCAUCUUAAUAAUUGAAAUAUUAUGGCACAGAUUUACAACGAGAAAAUCAAAAGAAAAAAUAAAACCCACGAAGCAUAAGACUAACUUCAAGAUCAAGUCAAUUCAGAUCCAAAUAUAA